ACGGCUAAUCUCUCUCAAGAUAUGUCACACUCUUAUUUGCAUGACCUUACUUUAUUCUUAAUCUUCAACUGGAGCUCCUAAAACAUUAACUAAUAAAGCUAGGGAAAGUUGCCUAUAAGAUUGAUCUCUCACAUCCUCUCCUCCAAAAUGAUCUCUAGCAAAGCUCUUACUUCAAAAAAUGGUGAAAAACGCGGGGUUCCUCAUCGGUGUCUUCAUUAUGGUUGUCGACACUCUGGCUGGGAUACUUGGGAUUGAGGCUGAAAUCACUCAAAACAAGGUAAAACAUUCAAAGUUACAUUGGGCGUUUAAGUGCAGAGAGCCAAGCCACAAGGCUUUCCAGCUAGGGUUGGCUGCUGCUAUACUACUAGCCAUUGUUCAUUUUGUUGCUAACCUGUUUGGUGGGUGCACUUGCAUUUGGUCAAAGGAAGAUUACCGGAAGGCUACACCUAACAAGCAAUUAGCAGUUGUUUUCCUCCUUUUCUCUUGGAUUGCAUUAGCCGCUGGAUUCUCGAUGUUGAUCGUAGGAACAUUGGCAAAUUCAAGAUCAAGAAAGUUGUGUGGGAUUGCACACAAUCGCAUUUUGUUUAUGGGAGGGAUUCUCUGCUUUCUUCAUGGAUUGUUCACAAUUGCCUACUACGUCUCCGCCAGUGCCGCCAAAAGAGAAAAAAAGCCGAACAGAAGCCCUUCCGAAGUUCCUGCAACCUAAGCUUAAAUUUGUCAUUUGCCACUCUUCUUUGUGCUUCUUUGUGAUCACAUAAUGUUAAAUGGCACGUUUAUUGCCAAUUCCAAAUGACAAUAGAAGAACGAGCGGACAGAUACAUAUACUCUAUUAUGAGAAGUUCGGCUUUAGCUGAGUUAUCAUUGCCUGAGUUGAAAAGAGUACCUAUAAAAGAGUACCGCAUGAAUUGAACUUGAUGCUGCAAUGGCAGAGACUUUUGCCUUGCAACUUCUUAUU